AAAUUUCGGGGGUGGUGUUAGAAACGGGACAUGUCAGAGGUUGAUGACGUUCUCAGCCACAACCCGUUGUUGCCCACUGUAAAAAAAAACAAAAAACAGAGUGGGAUUUCCUUAAACGCUGUGUGAUGAACAGUAUAUUUACCCAUUUCCACAUACAGCCUCUACGCCAGCAAACCCAUUCACGUGUUUCAUGCGUUCAUAUCUGUAUCUCCAACUUCCCUUUAAUGUCCCAUUCUUCUUUGUCAGUUCUCUAAAGAGAAAAUUGUGUUUAUGCAAAUGCUGGACUGCAGUUGCCGACGCUACUUUCGCUUUCCACUAUGAGGGGGCUUGGUAACUCAGCGGAGAGUUCAAGGGGAAAUUUCAUCACUUGCAGGGGUAGUUUCCACGGAGGGAGAGGAGGAGUUACUCAGAGGAAAGGUUUAAUCUCUGAGCCCGUCUUUGAUUAUAAGCAGUUGGAGAAAUAUGCUGUACUGUAUUUGUUUGUACAGUCGUGUUGCUACUGGAUUGACUUCCUGGUGUCUCUUCUCACUUACCUGUAAUCAUCACAACUAAGUUUGGCAGAAAUGACGUUUUUGGAGCUCAGAAACUCCGCCAGUCGCUACAGGUUUGUUCAGUCCUGUUUGGGACUGGCAGGCUGCUUCUUUGUGUGCUACGCUGUGUCGACACCCUUCUGGCUGAAAAACAAAGGACUGUGGGCAAAGUCCAUUAACAACAAAAGCGACCAGGCAAAUAGUGAAAAUGAAGCUGUCUUCAACGCUCUGGAAGCGGAGAGGGUAUUUGGACUCAUUUCCUGUCUGAUGGCCUUGAGCACCGGUGCACUGUGUUUGGUGUUUGCCCUUUGCUGGACGUCUAAAACCCCCCUGUCCUACUCCAACACCCGCGCUCUCCUCCUUGCGGGCGAGGCCCUCUACCCCACCACCCUCCUGCUGCUCACCAUGGGCUUCACAGGUUUCUUCUUCCUCCUGAGCUGGUCAUUUUUUACCCAUCAGCACCGAGAGGAGAUUCUGCAGGACUUUUCCGGCCUUGGCUCUUCAUACUGGUUGGGGGCUUUAGGUUGGAUAUUGCUGCUGGUUGUGGAGCCAAUUGUCUUUAUCAUCGAACAAGCCGUCGUGGAAAACACUUUACCUGACUUGGAGAAAAGUCUGGAGAGGGUGUGGGUUGAAAGAUCAAAACGGCCUGUCAGUUUGGUUCAACAGCAAACCGGCCACAAAAGCAGCAAUGCUCCAAAGAGAUUUUUGUCAGAGCCUUGAACGUAACUCUUGAAUAAUGUCACAGAGACUUGUUUCUAAGCUGUACAUCAGCAGGACUGAAGGCAGCUGCCUCCUGCAGGACUGAUCCUCAGGAUGGAACCAAAAUAAAAGCACACUAAGGACCACCAGCCCUGGAGGACAUGAAAACCUUUCCAGUUCACGGGGUUUUGGCUUGAGUUAGUCAUGACCAGACUGGCAAAAAACAACAACUAAGAAAUACACUUCACAUUUCCCAAACAUUAAACAAGUGUCUUUAUGCUGCAGUUUACUUAGAAUGUAUGAAAGUGCUGUAACCCUUGUGUUAUCCUAGGCACUUUAACAUUGGGAGUUGGGUCAUCUAG